AAAGAGUCAAAUGGAGAAGAAAUACCCUGUAAUAGCAGGAAGAGAAAAGGGGCCAGGGCCUGGGCGCUAUGGGCUUCCUCCCACAAUCGGAUUCAUGGGCCACGACUUCACCAAGCCAACGAGCCCUGCCUAUUCUUUCCACGGCAGGAUGAGUGACACCAUGUAUUGUGUAGACUCAAGUCCAGGGCCGCAGUAUCACAUUGAUGCAAAGAUCACUCGCUUUGGAAGGGAUGGCACACCUGCAUACUCAAUGUUGGGCAGAGUGAAAGCACAGAAGGAGCUCUUCCAGACACCUGGACCUGGUGCAUACAGCCCUGAGAAGACCCCACCAUGCAACCUCCAGCGCAGACCCCCGUCCUACACAAUGGGUGCCCGUACGCACUACCGAAGCGUGGACGCAGUACCUGCUCCUAACAAGUACUGUCUCCCUCCGCUAAUGGGCCCUCAAGUCCCGAACAAGCAAGCCAGCGCAAGCUACACAAUGUCAGGUAGUUUCAGCACAGGGGGACCUUCUGUGGAUUUAGCCAAGACGCCAGGGCCUUGCAGGUACAACAGUACGGACCCGAGUGUUUAUCUACCCAGACAGCCGGCGUAUUCCAUGCUGGGACGCCACAGCUUACCCAGAGAUGCCACAGAGAAACCCGGGCCUGGAACUUACAAUCCAGAGAAAGUGACAGUUCACAAGGCUCGGGCACCAGCCUACUCCCUGGGUGUCAGACACUCUGAAUUUGUUACCCCACUUGUUGUCAAUGUUUCUGACUGAACAUCAUUGCACUCUCACACUUAUUCUGUAAUCUGGUAGAAAAAACAACAUAUGAGCAAACA